AUGGCCCAAAUUCUCGGAAAGAAAGUUGGCCCUAUUGGCCUCGGCCUCAUGGGCUUCAGCUGGCGCCCGGAUCCCAUCCCCGUUGAGAAGGCAAUCGAGACUCUCAAAGCGGCCUUUGAUAACGGUGCCACAGUUUGGAACGGCGCCGAGUUUUACGGCACUCCCGAAUACAACAGUAUGACGAUUCUCAAUCGCUACUUCACGCAGUACCCGGAGCACGCCGACAAGGUCACCCUUAUCAUCAAGGGCGCCGUAGACCCCGUAACUAUCCGACCAGAUGGCAGUCCAGAGGGUAUCAGGAGAUCUGUGGAUAAUAUUCUAAAGCAACUUGGUGGAAAGAAGAAGCUGGAUUCUUUUGGAAUUGGCAGGCGAGACCACAGUUCCUCCUUUGAAACCACCCUGCGAGUACUAGAAGACGAGUAUGUCGAUACUGGCAAGAUCGGAGGUGUUUCGCUUUCAGAGUGCAGCGCCGCGACGAUCGAGGAAGCGGCCAAGAUCAUCGACGUGGCCGCAGUCGAGGUCGAGCUCAGCAUGUUCACGCCUGACAUUUUACACAAUGGAGUCGCAGCCGCUUGCGGGAAGCACAACAUUCCCAUCACUGCUUACUCUCCCAUGUCUCGAGGUAUGCUCACCGGUCGAUUCAAGACCAAUGCCGACGCGCAGUACCUUGGAAGACUCGCCUCAUUCCCGCGAUUCCGGGAUGAAAGCUUAGCGCACAACCUGAAGCUUGUAGCAAAGGUUGAGGCUCUUGCCGAGAAGAAGGGAUGCACAUCUGCCCAGAUGGCCAUCGCAUGGGUCAGGCAUGUUGGAACCCGCGCCGGCAUGCCCGACAUCAUUCCUAUCCCGGGAUCAACCAGCGUGUCCCGAGUUCAGGAGAACAGCAAGGUUAUUGAGUUGGCGGAGCAGGAGUCGAAGGAGCUGGAUGAUAUUCUGGAGAACUUUACGAUCGCUGGUGGUCGCUACCCAGAUGGAGUCCCGACUGAGCUUUAA